GUCUUCUUUGUACUUUACUUCAUUGGAUCUUGCUUUGUUGGGUCUUGCUUUGUCAAAUUUGGCUUUGUUGAGUCUUGUUUCAUUGGGUUUGGCUUUGUUGAGUCUUGCUUCAUUGGGUUUUACUUUAUUGGUCUUUGUUG